UGCUGCCUGAUUGGCUGCCUUAUUAAAUCAGUCGGCAGAGUCCCCAAGCGUUGAAACGUUGUCUCCUGUCAUGUUUCAAACCCCGAAAUCCAUUUAGACAUAGCCACCCCUUUCGAGUAUGCGAAUGUUCGCAGUUUUCGGACGGAUUUGACUCUUCUGCGCGCUCAACGGCUUAACGAUUCCCUUAUACGGUUUUUUUUUUAAAUGUAGGAUUUUUAUAUGCGGGCUUGUGCUAAGAUGGCGGAUUCGAGCUACUACCAGGAGGUUACGUGCACAAACUACACGAAAUUCCCCUCUUCGAAAUUACAUGGUGAUUACAUACGGCACCCGGUACUGUACGAGCUGAGCCAUAAAUAUGGCCUGCAGACGGAAUCUGUGCCGGAGGCGGCUUUGCCGAACAAACUCGAGGAACUCAAGGAGCUCAUCAGGAGGGAAAUAAGAAAAGAGCUUAAAAUCAAAGAGGGUGCGGAAAAGCUCAGGGAGGCUUCCAAAGACCGUAAGUCCUUAUCGGACGUCGCCCACAUAGUGAAAAAGUCCAAUUCGAAGCUCUCAGAGCUGCAGGCCGAACUUCAGGAACUCGAAUCGCAAAUAAUUCUAACCCAGGGGCAGAGCGAUCCUCUCCACACAAGUAACGGCCAUGAAGGCCUCGUCUCUCCUAUGUCUGGCCUGUCAGUUGAAAAUCAAGGGAACAACAACUUCUCAACAGACCUUCGGCUUGUUUCAUUGGAAAAACAGCUCAACAUUGAACUUAAGGUGAAACAAGGUGCUGAGAAUAUGCUUCAAUCUUUAGCUAGUAGAGAACAUUCAAGAGACAAAAAGCUUAUAGGAGAAGCACAGCAAAUGUUAGCUGAUUCAAAAGCUAAGAUUGAAUAUCUUAAAAUGAGAAUUAUGAAGGCAAAGCAAAUCAGGAGUUCUGGCAGGCAUGACUCGCCUCAUAAUGGAGAUGCCAAUAAUCAAGACAAAAUUGGAAGAAAUCUUGAACCUCCCGGCCUGGAAGAUCGUGUUGAUGAGCUUAGGCACAGGCUGAGAAUUGAAGCACGAGUUGUGGAGGGAGCAAAAAAUGUGAUCAGACUUCUCCAAAGCAAUAAAGUUGUGGACAAAAAAGCUCUUCAAGAGGCGCAAGUGAAUCUGUGUGAGUCUUCAAGGAAAUUAGACCUUCUUCGCAAAUCGUUAGAGCUCCGCAGACAAGAGUUACCACCGGAUUCUUCUACCGCCAUGCUGCUGAAGCAAGAGUUGGAAAGUGUUCAAUCAGCAAGCCCAGUACCCGUCAUGUAUACCAGUCUGCAACCUUUCCGCGAUAGUUCCAAUCGGCCUUUGUCGAACCACCCUUCAUCGCUCAACAGGACAGCGGCGGUAACAGGAAAACUUGAAGUCAGGCUCAUGGGAUGUCAAGAUCUCUUGGAAGAAGUUCCAGGACGUUCUAGGAGAGAAAAAGACUCAUCAUCUAGUCCAGGCGACCUUCGUUCUUUCGUAAAAGGGGUGACUGGCAGAAGCUCAAGCAAAUCAUACAGUGUCAAGGAUGAAAUCAGUAAUGAAAUUAUGGCCGUAAUAAAAUUAGACAAUCAAACCGUUGCUCAAACUAGCUGGAAACCUUGCUCACAACAGGCUUGGGACCAAAGGUUUUCAAUCGAGUUGGUUAAAUCUCGUGAAUUAGAAAUUGGUGUUUAUUGGAGGGAUUGGAGGUCAUUAUGCGCUGUUAAAUUUUUACGGUUAGAGGAAUUCAUCGAUGAUAUAAGACAUGGUAUGGCUUUGCAGUUAGAGCCUCAAGGUUUACUUUUUGCUGAGAUAAAAUUCUUAAAUCCAAUGAUAUCGAGGAAACCGAAGCUUCAGAGGCAGAGAAAGAUUUUCAAGCAACAAGGAAAAAAUUUCCCAAGAGCAAACCAAAUGAAUAUAAAUGUCGCAACGUGGGGUAGACUCCUUAAAAGAUCUUCACCGUCAAUUCAACACGGGAGGACACCAUCUGAAAGCCCUCCUUCAUCUGUGAGGGUAGUUGAACCGGUAGAGAAACCUGAAGCCCCUGGGGAAACUCCUGACCCAACGAUCGGAGGACUAGGAGGCGCAAGACCCUUAGGAAUCGCCGUUCUCCCUCCCUUGCCACCUGAUACUGUCCCUAUUCCUUCUAGUAUCGCUUCUAAAAAGAGGCCACCCACGAUGCCAGCUCCGCCCCCACCACCUCCAAGGCUCGACAUCGAGCUGGCAAGUGCUCUCAGGGAGUUUGAUUUCCUUCAGGAGGAAGAAAGGCCAGUCCCGUUGCCGAGGACUAUCAUUAGCACUCCUGUGUCGAUACAACCUUCACCCCUCAUCGAGUUCCCACCUGACGACGAGCCUGAAUUUGAUAGGCCACCACCUCGAAAUUUGGAAUACAGGGAUAGUGCAUAUGAGUCCAGGAGGCAUUCACAAUUUUCAGGAAUCUCAAUGGACAACUUCAAACUUCUUAGUGUACUAGGAAGGGGUCACUUUGGAAAGGUUAUAUUAUCUCAGUAUAGAAAUACUGGAGAAUAUUUUGCUAUUAAAGCUUUGAAGAAAGGCGAUAUUAUCGCAAGAGAUGAGGUCGAGUCAUUACUGUCUGAAAAAAGAAUAUUUGAGGUUGCAAACACCAUGCGACACCCAUUUUUGGUCAACCUAUUUGCAUGUUUCCAAACAGAGGCUCAUGUGUGCUUUGUUAUGGAAUAUGCUGCUGGAGGUGAUCUUAUGAUGCACAUACACGCAGAUGUAUUUUCCGAGCCGAGAGCCGUGUUUUAUGCAGCCUGUGUUGUCCUCGGUUUGCAAUACUUGCACGAAAGCAACAUCAUCUACAGAGAUUUGAAAUUGGAUAAUUUGCUUCUUGACACCGAAGGCUAUGUGAAAAUAGCCGAUUUUGGACUCUGUAAAGAAGGGAUGGGGUUCGGCGAUAGAACUGGCACUUUUUGUGGUACCCCUGAAUUUUUGGCUCCGGAAGUUCUAACAGAAACGUCCUAUACUAGAGCUGUCGAUUGGUGGGGACUCGGUGUUUUAAUUUUUGAAAUGCUUGUCGGAGAGUCUCCGUUUCCAGGAGACGACGAGGAGGAAGUUUUUGACUCAAUUGUCAAUGAUGAAGUCAGAUACCCUAGGUUUUUAUCAUUAGAAGCAAUAUCAAUUAUGAGAAGGUUAUUAAGGAAAAACCCAGAUAGAAGGUUAGGCUCAAGCGAUAAAGACGCAGAAGAUGUUAAAAGACAGGCAUUCUUUAAAAAUAUCCAAUGGGAAGAGCUUUUAAUGAGAAACGUCAAACCGCCUUUUGUUCCAACAGUGACAUCAGUUGAGGAUGUGAGUAAUUUUGAUGAAGAAUUUACGUCGGAAAUACCCCAACUUACACCACCGAAAGAUCCUCGGAUGUUAACUACCGAAGAACAGGACUUGUUUAAAGAUUUUACUUAUAUGGCUGACUGGUGUUGAACGAGAAUAACAAAAAUCGGCCUAAAUAGUUUACAUUUAUAUACAAGAAUUGCAAUGUUUAUUUAGGACAAUCCUUACAAGUUACACUAAACUU